CCCCUGGAAAUGCUGGGCUGAGGGGGAUCCCUGGGCCACCAGGACCUCCAGGGCAGCCAGGAUCUGUUGGAUUCCCUGGAGCUCGUGGAACUGCAGGGCCUAAAGGAUUUCAUGGAUUUCCGGGUUUAAAUGGUCUGAACGGCUUGCCAGGCACAAAAGGGUCUCCUGGAACACCAGGCCUGAGUGAAGCUGGACUGAAAGGCCCUGCAGGUCCCCCAGGUCCAAAGGGUGAAGAAGGUUCUCCAGGGCUGGGCAGAGGAGCUCUAGGAUUCCCUGGACCAAAAGGCUCAUCAGGAGACAUGGGUCCCCCUGGUCCUAUUGGACUGCCUGGCUUGCCAGGAACGCCCGGAGCUUCUCUUCCUUCUGAUAUACCUGGGAGACCUGGGGAUGCUGGCCAUCCAGGAACGGAUGGGAGCUCAGGUCUUCCAGGUUCUCCAGGACCACGAGGGCCUCCUGGCCCAGCUUCUGAUCAAGGUGACACAGGCAACCCAGGUUUGCCAGGCGUCCUUGGCUUGCGAGGCAUUAAGGGUGAUGUGGGACGCACUGGUCCAGUUGGACUCCCUGGAGCAUCUGGAUUCAAAGGUGUAAGAGGGGAGCCUGGCCUUAUGGGGAUGCCAGGUAAAGAUGGGCCUGCGGGAGAUCCUGGUCACCCUGGGCUGAAAGGUGAAAUGGGCCGUCGAGGUCUCCCUGGCCGACAAGGGGCUCCCGGUAUAACCCCACAGCCAGAAGAACUCACAGCCCCUGCAGGCUUACCAGGUCUGCCAGGAGUUGAUGGUGUCCCUGGCUUUGAUGGAGAUCCUGGAUUGCAGGGUGCAGCUGGAAAUCCAGGUAAAAAGUACAUUCAGAUCACUGAAAUGCCGGCUUUCUUUGGGGAUCCAGGACCAUCAGGUGCCCCAGGACCACAAGGAUUUGAAGGUGUUGCUGGAAAGCCAGGCUCACAUGGUUUGCCAGGAAUGCCUGGUCGCAGCGUGGGCGUUGGAUACACUUCAGUGAAGCAUAGCCAGUCAGAGCAAAUCCCGCCCUGUCCCAUAGGAAUGAAUAAGCUCUGGGAUGGCUACAGCUUAUUGUACGUGGAGGGGCAGGAAAAGUCACACAACCAGGAUCUUGGUUUUGCUGGCUCGUGUUUGCCUCGCUUCAGCACCAUGCCUUUUAUUUACUGCAGCAUCAAUGAAGUGUGCUACUACGCCAGCCGAAAUGACAAGUCCUCUUGGCUCUUCACCACUGCUCCUAUCCCCAUGAUGCCAGUGGACAGCAUUCAGAUCCCGCAGUACAUCAGUCGUUGCUCAGUAUGUGAAGCACCUUCCCAGGCUGUGGCUGUGCACAGCCAGGACAUCACCAUCCCCCAGUGUCCCCUUGGCUGGCGUAGCCUAUGGAUAGGAUACUCUUUCCUUAUGAGUGCAGAAUGCAAUUCCUAACGGCGCAGGCGACGAGCAGUCUGCUGAAGUUCCCAGAGGGGACUGUUGAGGCGCUCGGGGAAGAUGAUCCAACCCGAGGUUCUGUGCUGUGGGGGAAGAUUUCUGGAGGUGAGCAUUUCCCUUUCACUCUGGUCUUGGUACAAAGUAAUCCUUGCCUGGGGGUUUCCUGAAGCACAAGGUCCCAGUCUCAGGUGUGUCAGGUGGGUGCUGCUGAGAUGCCUCAGGUUGAGAGAGAGGGAAAAGGAUGUUUUAGCGAUUCAAAGUGCUCAUGUGAAAAGGUUAGUCAAGUGAAACUUUGAAAUUACAACAACUUGCACCAGUCCUGUGCGAUUAAAAGAAUCUACUUAACCCCCCUGUGUCAGUGAGCCCUCCUCGCUUUUUAAUGAAAUCAAAGGCAGCUUUCAAGCAAGGAGUGGUCUUGUUUAGGGCUGUGUUUAUUGGUACCAGCUCAAGCUCUCUGACCAUCCUAAGAGCACAUGCAGAAAGAG